CAAUACUUGGCUAAAAUGACUCCUUCAGGAAUCAAUCAGGCUUUCGUUUUACACCCCGGGGGCAUAUUCGAUUAUGAAGAGCGUGUUAUACCUAAUCUUCAGACGGACCGCGACGUCAUCGUCCAGGUUAUCGUGACUGGCCUUUGUGGCUCCGAUAUCCACUAUUGGCAGCAUGGCCGCAUAGGGCGGUAUGUGGUCGAAGCCCCCAUUGUCCUUGGCCACGAAUCCGCUGGCAUUGUGGUGGAAUGCGGAAGUAAAUCGGGUUUCGCUAUCGGUGAUCGCGUAGCCCUGGAGCCGGGCAUUGCCUGCAAUACCUGCCAUCAUUGUCGCGCGGGGAGAUAUAAUCUCUGUAGCGCGAUGCGUUUUGCUGCCACACCACCCUAUGAUGGGACACUGGCGACCUACUACCGUCUUCCUGCAGAAUGCUGCUACAAGCUGCCAGCACAUGUAUCCUUGCAACACGGAGCAUUGGUCGAACCGCUCAGUGUGGCAGUGCACAGCUGUCGACUGGCAGGAGAUAUGCAGCAAAAGUCGGUCGUCGUCUUUGGCGCUGGCCCAGUCGGUUUGCUCUGCGCAUCCGUUUCCCGCGCAUUCGGCGCAUCGACAGUUGUAGUUGUUGACAUUAACUCCGACCGACUCAGCGUGGCACAAAAGUACGGAGCCACGCACACGUAUGAAAUGAGCAACGAAUCCCCAGAAAACAAUGCUGCCAGAAUUUUGGAAGAAAUGGAGCUGGACAAUGGGGCCCACAUUGUUUUGGAUGCCACCGGCGCCGAGCCUUGUAUGAACUGUGGCAUUUCAGUUCUUGCGUCGGGUGGAACAUUUGUGCAAGUCGGCUUGGGCAAACCGAAUCCCUCACUGCCGGUCGGUCAAAUCUGUGAUAAAGAGGCCAUUUUUAGGGGGAGUUUUCGGUAUGGUCCAGGAGAUUAUCGAACAGCUAUUGGGCUGCUGUCGUCGGGUCGGGUUGUUUUAGAGGGUUUAGUUACCCACGAGUUCCCUUUCACGCAGGCGGAAGAGGCUUUCAAGAACGUCGGCAACCGACAGGGUAUCAAGACUGUCAUCUAUGGACCUGGGGCAGAUGAAAACGCAGCGAAAGCAACCUUGACCUAAACCGAGCUCAAUCCUCCUAUCGGUCCGUUAUAUUAAAUUGUAAGGCGUUUCGCGUGCUAGCUAGAUUCGCGUGGCUUCAUGAAUCCGUUCCGGCCCAUGACAUGUCCCAUAGCCAAUACAGCCCGUUAUCACCGAAGGCUUCCGGGGUGAUUUCUGGAACUCCUAGGGGAAAGCUAGGGUCAUUCCAGUUAUCUCCGAAUGACCCAUGCCACGAGCUAUCAGCCGGGGCGUGCUCCUGAAAAUCAGGCAGCUGUUCUUGACUUCCUCUCGCGCCGUGUGUGUCAUGGAAGCUACCAUCCUUGCCAGAAGGAAUGACUAUUAAGUAGAAAGACACUUAGUUUCUCUGGA